UUAAGGUCCCUUCCCAUCAAAACCAGUCUGGAUUGCCCAAUUUCCCCUCCCCAGCUCUUUCCCAUAAAACACCAGAAAAGUGAAACUGAAACUUUUUGAUAGAAACAAGCUGUCUCAGGAAACAAACAGGGGUUUCUUUCUGGCCCUCAAACACCAGCUCUCCCCUGCAGACCAACAGGGCCUGCUCAAUAAGGCUGAGCUGAGGUCUCUAUUCUGGGGGAAAUUUGUCUCCAAAAUCAGUACCCUGGGGGUCUACCAGCUGUGCUUUCUCUGCACAAUCACUGAGGCUCAACAGCAAAAGGGGACAAGGCCAAACAACCCACAGCUCCUGCUGCUUCCUCUUAAAAGACUCCCUGAAACAACCCUGUGAAACUUGAGUCCUUGGACAGUGAUGGGGGUUUUGAGUCAUUAUUUUGAAAUCUUCUUAAUCAUUAAAGUCACACUUUGUUACAAUGUCCUCCUAUUAUUUCAAGUAAUUCAGCUUAGCUUGUGUUCCCUCUUUCGCAAGGCACAAAUCCCCUUGGCUUUGCUUCAAAACCUCAGCCACAGCCAGAAUGUUUAAAAAACUCACCAAAUUCAUCGUAAAUCAAAUGGAUCCAUGCAAAGAAAUGGUCCCUGUCGAAAGCAUCGCAGACAAUGAGCACUUCAGGCCUCUCUAUCUACUGAAAAGAAAAAGCAAACCAAAAACCAUAUUUCACCCAGCUCCCUACUACCAGCGGACAGGGUUCACACUGGAGGAUGUGCUGCUGCCUGGAGAGGAUGGUAAAAGCAUAGAGUCGCUCCAUCAAGAAUCCAGCCAAUUUACUCUCACAAAAGUCAGCACUGACCAAGCUGAUGGAGGUCUCAGCAUUUCUUUUGACCCUACAAAUGUAGAGAUGAAAGGAGGUGCUUCCUUGUCCAAAGAGUUUUCCAUUACACCACGGAAGAAGAGGGUAUCACUGGAAUCACUGGAGGCACUGAGAAGAGAAAGAGAAAUCAACAUGGAUCAUUCCUUCAUCCAACAACUACGGAGAACAGACAUCCACCUGUACGUGGUCACUGAAAUCCUCGAAGCCUCGGAGGAGGCUGUCUACAAGGAAUCCAGCAAGGCAAAUAGGGGCUUCAAGGCCAAAUUUUAUGCCACACUCUGUGCACAGAGCAACAGGGAGGACAAACAAAGCAUAGUGAUACCCAAGGGCUGCACACUGGCCUUCAGGACCAUCCCACUACACAUUAGAGAUGGAGCAUGGGAUCUGGAUUAUUUCCCAGCAGAACCUAUGAGAAAGAUGGCUUAUGUAGCUGAUGGUCCCGCAACAGGAAAAUUACGAGAAGUGAUGACAGAAGUUCAAUAUUCCUGCCGAAUUUUCCCCGAGUUGUCCCCUGACCUGCUGCUCAUCAUCUUAAACACCAUCAAAGCAGUGAUGAGAGACAAGAGCCUCCUUCAAGAGCUCAGACAGAAAAUGGAAGAGGUUCCUGAGCAAGAUGAUGGUUAUCAGCUGAAAACUGAGAGCCCAGACUUAAAAGACCUGUUCAGCACCUUGCAGCAUUCUCCCAGAGAUCGUCUCCUUCUGCUGGCAGAGGGAAUCACCUAUGUCCUUGAUGCUUUGCAUGAGUUAACGGAUGAUCAGCUGCUGCUGCUGCUGGAAUCCUUGGAAAGGAAGAUUGUGUCCCAACAGCUGAACCUGGUUGAAAACCUCCUGAAACAUGACCUGGAUAAGGGGAUGGACUCUUUCCUUGUGGAUUCCGGGCUGCUCUUCUCACAUGAGGAGGAGCAGAUGUUAACCAUAGAACUGGUGGAGCUGAGUGGAGUGCAGCUCCAGCAAGAUGGCUUAGCUGUCCCUAGGGAUCAACCCUUCGAGGCCGUGGCAGCCCUGUUCGUGGCCCUGUAUGCCCUGAACUUCCUGAGUGGUGGGCUGUACCUGGCCCUGCCCAGGGAACCCCUCUGCAAGGUCUUGUGAAACCUUUGCUGACAAGCCAGUUUUGUCUCCCAGUAUCAUCCUUGUUAAUAGUCAAGGCUGAUUUGGCUGGCAAAAGGAAAUUUAAGGCAGGAGAAUUCAUUAUGCGUCCUAAAGGUUGGAUAUUAAACUGGAUUUCUUUCACUGACACCUCCCUGGUCACUGCCAUCAUCCCUGAGACGUUCAGUGGACACGUGCAGCACUUUAGAGCAAGCACUCUCAUUAUCACUCUAUAAAGAGGACCUUCUUGCUACACAAUUGGAUGUUCUCAAAGUCAAUUUCUUAAUUUUGUGUGGUUUUGGUCCCACAGUACAUCUGAUA